AUGACUUCAGAAAGAGCUCAACAUCAAAAUGAUUUGAAAGAGAUGAGAAGUUUUUACGAUCAUCAGUUUAAUCAAACACGCCAAGUCUAUGAGAAUGCGAUCAAAAAUACAGGAGGCAGAGGA